CAUUCGUAACUAUAUAUAUACAGACUUCUCUUAAUUUUGUUGUUUACUAUUAGGAUAACGAAACACAAACAUCUCGACAAGAACUCAACUCUAUGUUCUUAAUUUUUGUUCAAUAAACCUUGUUUUACUUUUUGGUAUAAGACUUGAAAAGAAAAGAAAAGAAAACCAAAUAACUAUCAUUGACAAAAAGAUGAGCGUUCACGCUGGUAGUCUCAUCUGGACAACGAAUGAGGAAGAUGUUGAAAGAGUUUCAAGAUCCUCAGCAAAAGAUUCAUCUGAUUCAACAGAGGAAGAAGCCUCCUCUUCUUUUUCUUCUAAUGGGGCUUUUGACGAUUUAUCAGACCUCAUCUCUCAGCUACCGACCAUCAACGAGAAGAAAGGACUUUCAAAGCAUUACAAAGGCAAAUCUCAGUCAUUCACAUCUCUAGCAAAUGUCACAUGCCUUACGGAUCUUGUCAAGAAAAGACCAAGAAUGAAGACAUGCAGGAGCUCUGGAAGCAAAGGGCUAUAUCGACCCAAUGCUACAAUCUCCAUGAAAGCCACCAGAACAUCAUCAUCUUCAACUCAUUCCAAUUCAAGACUAAUUAACCUUAAAACCUUUUUAUGAUUCACCUAAAUCAGUUCAUUGACAUGAUCAAACCAAACUUUCCGAAUCAGUUGAACAUUGUAAUCAUUUGUAUACAAGGUCGCCCAAGAUAAAUGAAAACAAAAGAUAAUUUAGAGU